AUGUCGUUCCAGGCUCCAAUUUCGAAGGUUACAACCAACGUUUCAGGACUGGGCGUCCUGGAAGGGUUUCACUAUGCGAACGGCGUAGAACAAUUCUGUGGCAUCCCAUACGCGACGUUGGCCCAACGCUGGACCCGAUCUGUUCUAAAGAGUUCAUGGGACGAUAAUUAUCAUGACGGGACUCUACUCGGUAACAACAUGCCCCGGCCUCAAGUUCCAGGACAGGAUGUUCCAAACAUUUUUAUUCCUGUUCCUCAAAACCCUUACUUUCCCAAUAAGCCAAAGGCCGAUGAGAAGACUGCACUGGUGAUGAACAUUGUUGUGCCAAUACAUCCCGGCCUAUCUACUGAAAAGUUACCUGUCCUUGCAUGGAUUCAUGGAGGCUCCCUCUUGUUUGGCAGCGCAAACUAUGGUAUCUACGAUGCAGUAAAUUUGGUCUCACACUCACUCAAUAUUGAGCAGCCGGUUAUCGUGGUCAACUUCAACUACCGUCUUGGGCUUGGUGGGUUCCUCGCCAGCAACAAAAUUGGUAGAGAAUUGAAGAGAAAUGGCUUUCAAGGCAAUGGUAACUUUGGCUUCACUGAUCAGAAGGUCGCGAUGGACUGGAUUCAGAAAUACAUCUUACAAUUCGGAGGGGAUCCGAAUAAUGUCACUGUAUUUGGCCAAUCGGCUGGUGCUAUCUCAAUCGGUCACCAUAUGUCAGCCGCCGAUCCUAUGAAGUUCCAACGCGCAAUCUGUAUGUCCGGGUUGGGAAGUACUCUUGCUCCGCUCAAUUUGGAGCAGCAUGAGAAAAUCUUCGAGGCAACUUGCAGGUACUUCUCCAUUGAUCCAUAUGAUCACAACGCCUUGGAUCUGUUGAGGAAGGUCCCGGAGCAGGAUAUGGCGAAUGCCGACCCCAUUAUCCAAGAUGUCGCAUCUGGAACCGGCAACCCAUGUGAUGAUGGCUGGUUCUACGCAUCUGAGCCGCAACUACAAGCCAAGUCAGAGCUACCAAAUUGGCUGGAGUCACUGCUCAUAGGCGACGUACAUGAUGAAGGGGUUAUCUUUAUCUUGAAUCUUGAGAACAGUACAUACGAGACGAUCCGAGAGACUCUCCUGCGCCAUGUGAACCAAGUAUUCGUUGACAACGUCCUCAAGGAGUAUAAUAUCACUCCAGGCAUCUCAAAAACAGAGCUCAUAGCACGAGUGUCCAAUAUGGGUGCAGAUGCUGUGUUCAGGAUCCCAAAUUGGGAGACCGCGAAUGCUAACAAGCGACUCCUGGAGAAGAAUGCAUUGUUCAAGUAUCAUUUCGACCAACGCUCUCGUUUCGAAAACAUCUUGAAAGACAAAGCUUAUCACGGCUUGGAUGUUCUCUAUCUCUUCGGCAACCUCAAGAACAAGCUCUAUAUUCAAGAACGUGAAAUGGGUCAAGACAUGGCCACGGACUGGAUUAAGUUUGCAUGGGGCCAGGAGCCAUGGGAGGUUAGACCUUGGAAGAUUUGGGGUCCCGAUUCAUUGGAGAGACUCGAAACGGAAGAACAAGACGAGUCUGUUCGUUUCUAUUCGCGGUUUAAGCGUCUUCUGGAAUGGAGCUCUGGAGGAAUUUGGGAAAAGUAUAUCGACGGGCUGGGCGAGGUUUUAAUGAAGCGAGGGGCUGUGAAGAGUCUAAGGUACAAAGAUCUAGAAUAG